UUGUAUGCGUUGUUUGUUUAGAAACGUAACCUCCUUUUGGCCAAUGGGAGCUGACGUUUUGGUCACGAGGGGUAACGUAUGGCCGGCUUUCGUUAUUUGAAGAAACUGGCGGAAAGCGCAGGACAAGAAAGCCGAAGAAAUUCAGUCUGCAAGAUAACCGUCUCCGCGGUGAACUGCCCGGACUCCUUCGGCAACACAAUGUCGGAAGUGGAUGUUACCCAUUACAGCUUUUACGUCGACGAGGAUGACGAGAGCAUUCUGAUUAACGAGGAAAAGCUGAAGUCAUCUGGACUUCCCUACAUGCGGCGUUACCGUACAAAAAGCUGCAACAGCAGCCAGUCCAGCAGCGCGGCGCCUGAAAUGGGGCGCAUCAACGGGUCUGCGGACAAUUCGCUGUUCUCGGCCGACGGGUCAGAACGCGGCAGUGGGUCUUCGGCCGACGACUGUAUCGAUGGCUUGAAUAACCUGAAGCUUUCCAGCAUCGAUCACGACAAGGAAAACAGAGAACCUUGUCAGCCGAAAGAGGUUGUACGCCUUUUCUCCGAGAAAUGCAAGCAAACUCUGAGCCCGAGUGAGCGUAUGGACGCCUGCGCCGAGCCCGAAGGAGACAUUCUGGCGCAGUAUUUGGAGCCACAGCAAUGUCAGCCAGUGACCCAUCAAGGAACUUUGGAACAGCCGAGCAAGCAGAACACUUGCGAAGUGCAGUUAAGCGAUGAGAACUGUAGUGUUGUGAUGAGUGCUCCUCUCGCCAUGUCCACACCGCGUCCCUCAAAAGUUUCGGGGCUAAACGAGCCGACAUCGCACGCGGGUGCCAACGCGGAGACAGCAGAAGUCAACACUCUGCAAAGUCCCUCAACAGGAAUUGAACAGAACCUCUGCAGUGAAUUCUCUCCCCAACACUGUGAACAGAUGUGUACAAAUGUGCUUGACCCUGUGAAACAGCGCCUGUCGUUUGGCUCCAGCGAAGGUACGGAGGAAGCCAAGGCAGAGCAUGUAUUUGAUAAUCAACUGUUUUGUAGUGGUAUCGAACCAUUGCCUUCCUCUAGUCACAUUGAAACUGAUCAAGAGCUUGUCGCACAUGUGCCCACUGAGAUCCUGGUGUGCGAUAAGAGUUUCGUUGUCUCACAGAAACCUGUCAAAGAGAAGCUUCAGACGGCAGCAUCUGGUACAUCGUCUAACAGGGGGCACAAUGAGCUGCAAAGCUUGGCAGUGACCUCCGCAUCUUCUUCCACAGAGCACACAUUGACGACUUCAGAUGAUGCUCCCGGAGAACAGUGCAAGCAGGACUUCCCUACCCCUGUAGUCACAAAUCUUGCCACACAAUCCGAGUGCUUGCCCAUAGUUCAAAGUGGUGUGGAGAUGGCCUGUCAGACAUCUUUCUGCUUUGGUAAUGUUCCGACUACAAGCACUGCCAGCAUGACCCCAGUGAAGCUCUUUACCCCGCACAAGUCUCCACAAAAGGGAGCUGGCAGUGCCCCUACUAAGCCCCUUUUGAGUCGCCGAGAGACUAAUCUGGCAGGAUCUGUUCGAGGCCGCUGUCGCACUCCAUCGAACAUACCUUUGCGGAGCUGGAAUUCACCCAUUGUUUCCACGAAACCUAGGGAGACUGUGUUCAAAGUACCAACACCUGUAUCUGGAAAAACUCCAGGUAAGGCUGCAGUGAAGACUCCAUUGAAGACUUCAGAAAAGAGUCCAGUAAAGGUUGAGCAAGGUCAGGCCCACCAUGGCACCCCACGGAGUGUUGGGAAGGGCUCACGGCCACCCUGGUCAGUCAUCAGCCCUGUUGCUCGGUACAUCCACGAGAACCCAGCACCACCGCUAAUCCAGAUUGUGAGACCCCGAAAGUCUCCGUCAGCAAAAUCUCUGACAGCGGCGACCUCGCCUGUUCACGUGACCACCUCGUCAGCAUCUCCACGUUUGUGUACUGGUCCACUGCCAGACAAACGCUACCAAACAUCAAACAUGGGAAUCCUUCAGAGGGCGGGUCUCGAUCCCAUGGUAAAGCCUUCCAAGCCUGUAGUCAUCAAGCACACGGUUUCCGCAGAGGCUGAUUACCAAAGCGUCCCUGAAAUGGAGGCAUCUGUAAUCCAAGUCAUCCGCCACUGACCGUCGCCGGUGCUUGUCAUUCAAGUGUCGUCGUGCUGUGCUCAAAUCAAUGCAACUCGCUCAAGUACCAUGUAGUGAAACUUGAACGCAGGCCGCCAUGUAAUAGCAAACUUUUUGCAAGGCGCCGAAAUGUUUCUGCGGCAUGUGCGCUGUUGAAGUAAUGUAAUGGAACGUAAUGACACGCUAUCGUUGAGAGAGAGGGGAAAAAAAAGGACGUCUCAGGCUUGUGUUUUCGUUGCGUGCAGUGAACGGCCUCUUCGCAAUGCUGCGAUAAACACCACUCAACACAUUGGCCUCCGGUGCUUCUCUCAAGGCUGCUUGCCACAUUGACAGCGCGCCAACGGCGGCGAUUAUCGUCCGCUUGUCGCCGGGUUAACAGUCUGAAACGUAGUUUAUGGUUUAGCGCGUUAAAUUCGUGUCGUCAUAAAGUUAAACCUAAGUCGUUGAGACGCAUUUUUGUUUUGCCGGUUGUCAACGUACAAGACACGCCAAAGUUAUUACACCAUGGCUGCCAAGACGAUCGACGGUGCUCGAGUGGUCGUCGAAGCCCUCCGGAAGCAGGUGACCCCUAAAGAAAUUUUCCUCGUAUGCUGGGUCGCGUGCUAACGUACUCGUCUUGUCGCUUUUCGUUUAUUAUGCUUCCAAAUUCGCAGCAAGAAAGUGCAGCCCACCAGCUUGGCGUUGCAUGCUUGCCUCUAUUCUGACAGCAGCUGAGCGCUGGUUGGACCGACGUUACUGACCCCUCCACGAUCGACGCUUAUUAAAUCUUCGCCUAUCUUGACCGUGCACUCGCCCCUUUCAACUCGUUUUAUUUUUAUUUUUGUUACUUGAUUAUACAGGUAUUAAUUUUCAUAUUUCCUGCACAGAUGCAAUUAUGUUUUAUCCUUAUGCACAAAUAAAAACAUUUGUUUAUUCGGCACGCGAA